AUGAAUGAGAGAGCAUGGCAAAGACUCGAGUCCCUUUAUCUCAGAACCGCCGCCACUUGGUACUCGAGUCUCCAGAGAUCAGGGUCGACUCCGAUCCCCGACUCUGGCAUUGAGAAUCGGGUAGACUCGAUUACCCGGCGCUGGCUCCCAAGCCUAGUUGACGGGGGCGAUUAUGAGUUUUGCAGUCGCCCUCGUCUCUUCCUCACACUCCUAAGCACCAAGUCUGCUACGUCUAAGUACUGCAAGGAUGAAUUGGCCUUGGCCUAUGUUUCCAGUAAACCCAUAUUCCCUUGCAUGAUUCAGAAUCAUAAGGAAGUCACAGAAGUCAUGGACUUUGGCAUGCGACUGCAGCUGGCUCCCAUCAGGUGGUUUGAUUUCUCCGAUGAAGAUGAUUUUCAGGGUGCCUUUGACAAGCUAGCCGUCAGCAUCAAACAGAAGCUUACAGAGAUAACCGAUGAACUCAACCAAACUGAGAAAGGUGGUACAAAGAAGAAGCCAAGACAGCUGAUAAGAAAGGAGACGCGGACUCGACUGAACGUCCAUCAGAUCUUGCCUCCUCCGGAAGCCAAAAUAGAAGACUUUUGGGAUGUCCAUUUCAAAGACAAAGAAUCAAUAGCAGUUGAAGAGUUUGUAACGGCCUUCAAGAAAGACUGUACAGAAGAACUGUCCAAGAUUGGGGUGACCUUGGAAUGGAUAAUACCUGUACUCAAGGAGGAAUUGGAUGAAGAAAGAGAAGAUGUCAUUACGAAAGAGAGUUAUGAGUAUUUCUGUACUAUAGAUGAGGAGCGCAUUGACUUCUGGGAGCGGGUAAAAGAACAAGCGUUGGAACGCUACACUAUGCUUGAAGUUUUCAGUAUGGACUCGACGGUCCGGAUUGAUGCCAUUCAAAAUCUCGCUAAAUUCCACACAAGGUCUGUAAUGGAGGCCAUGAUGGAUCUGUGCGCUGACAAGGACGACAACGUCCGGGCCGUGGCGACGCUCUCCCUGGCCCGUGUCACCGAUAACAAGAACCUCCGCGUGAUCCGCCGUCUUCUCCGUCUGCUGAAAGACCGGGAUCGUCUCGUGAGGCAGAGCUGCUGUCUAGCUCUGGGUCAUAUGAGGGCAAAGCAAGCUGUCCCAAGCCUGGUCAAUCUAUGGAGGAACGAUGCUAUAUCAAAUGUUCGUGAGGCGGCUCACAUCGCUCUGGAGAAGAUCGGAGGUGACGAGGCCCAAGAAGCUAUACACAUCACCAAGGUUCUCAGCGAGGAGAUCAAAGCCCUAGCUCAACAGAAAUAAGAGAUUUCAUUUGCCUAUAUAUAGCCUGCUGUAACAACUGUUGCUCAUUCUCCUAAAGACGACAAGAACACACUUGUCAAUACGUAGAGUUUGGAUGGUCCUUUUCAGGACCAACACAUGCCCGCAAGACAAUACAUGGUGUACUUCGAAUUCUCUACACUCUUUCUUCUUCGCCAUGGAAACUUUCAGAAGCUUCAGUCUUCAUUCGUUUUCAUGAAAUUUGCUCCUAUGACCAUUGCUCCUGCUGAAAAUACGCACAUUAAGCUAAACGUAAAUCCAAGCUUCAAAUCUGCAAUUGUAGAGGUAUUGUGGCCGAGUAGAUAAGCCUCCGGACUUUGAACCAGGAGAUCCGUGUUUCAAACCUCACCGCAGCACUCACGUCUUAUAAUAUUGAAUCACCUGUCCAGUGCUGGAAAGCAGAGAACAACACAAUUUGUACAACCGGAAUAAUAAAUGAAUGUAAUAUCUUGUUUUUCGCUAGUGUGUAAUAUGGCAGUCAAUUAAUAGUCCAAAGUUUUAUAGCCUGUUUUGUCGCUGUGGACGGUGGAGCUGGAUUCACCUCACUGUCGUGGCAAUCGCAGUCAUCCCCCUCCCACGUUGCAUAAAUUCCAUGCAUCCUCCAUAGAUAAUUCUCCUUCACUUAAUUAAGCAAAAUAAUAUAUCUGGCAUAUUAGGAAUUAAAUGAAUUGAACUCUCAUUUUAGUCUUUGUGAUACCACUGCCUUUUUAUCAAACUACCCUGAUGCUGCUCUUAUUAACUUAUGAGUACUUGUUACAAACAAGGUUUGCCAUAUUUUUGUUAUUUUAUUUGAGGUGAGAAAGUUGGAUAAUAUUUCAUUAUUGCAUAGAUUUAAUGAUAAUUUCACAAACUGAAUUAGACAUACUGUCGAUGUAGUGCCCCAAAAUCCAUAAUAUCAUUUGGAUAUGUGCGGUCAUGGUGCCUUUCUGGAAAUAUGCCUUAAGUUGACGUCUGAACCGAAGAUUGAGUUGAAAUAUAUGCAAAAGUAAAAUUGCUGUAAAUUAAACAUUACGCAAAUUAAAUGAUUUAUUAAAGUCUAAUCUCAAUCUGAUUAGAUACUCAUGAAGUCCUCUCGUGGGAAUGCAUUAAUGAUGAUUUAUGCCUUAUCAAAGGACACUGCCACAUCAGCACCUUGUCAGUGAGUUUUGCUCAAAAAUCUGCUCUCAGCCAAUCAGACGCUAGAAUUUCAGUAGCUUAUAACUGAUGUCAAUUAAAGCUGCUGACAAAUCGCUUCAUGAAAUAAUACCCAGUGCCCUGUAACAUAGAACCUGGUCAUUGAUCUCACAGUUGAUUUAUACAUGUACGAUUGAUUGCACAUGAUUUCCAAUGCAAUCAUUUACCAAAUGUAGCCCUACAAUUGAUUGUGAAGAAUUGUUUCGGGGCAACCGGGUCAUCGACUGAGAGAGGGCAACUCCUUUAUGACAUCAGAAAAUAUAAUAUACAAAUGAUGCAUGCACAUGAGUUCAUUAUGCGAUCUAUCCUCACUCGAGUUGAGGCUCUGUUCAAUCCAUUGCAUGAAGCUGUUAGGCCGACUGCAAUGCAUUGAACACAGUCUCAACGAGAGUGGAUAGAUCGCAUAAUGGACGAAUGAAAACAUGCAUCAUUUUAUACGACUCUUGUAGAUCGUGUUAUUUGACAAUAGAAGGAAAAGAUGCAGAUGGAAUUAAAAUAUAUUUGCAUUUGUCUGGCAAUCCAUUUUCUCUGAGUUGCCGUGCAAUGGAGAUUAAAAUUUGCAUGCAGCACAAAAUGGAUCAAAUAUUGAAUGGCUUUCAACCAAUCAAAUGACAAGAAUCUUUGCAUGAGUUGUAUAAUGAAAAAUAAUAAUAGUCUAGUUUUUCAUACACGCAUAUGAUAAAACCGGUGACUCCAGAAACAUGAUAAUAUCUUCCAAUGUUAUUGGUGCCUGAAUUAGUACCAUCAAUUUUGUAACUGUAAACGUCUAAAAUGUCUUUCACAUUGUUAUGGAUCUUGAUAUAUUGUAUUUAUAGC